AUGUGUAAUGAUAUUCUCUCAUGUUUAUUUUUACUUGAUUUACAUUGAAGUCAAAUUGGUUUAUCUGUGACAAAUAUUGUCAUUCAAACCCUGGAAAGUGCAGUGUCAUACUUGCACCAUAGUCCCUUUUUGGCUUGUUAAAUUGUUAUUUUUGUUUUGCUUGGAAACAAAAAAAAAAGUUGAAAGGUUAAGUUGGUCAUACAGGUUCUAUGUUUUAAAGAAACUAAACUUGCUCCACAAAGGGGCUGAAUUAACAAAAAAAGUGACAGGACCUGUUUCCCCUAACAAAGGACAGAGGCGGGACAUAAAUAGAGACCGAUAUUACAGGCUGUAGUCAAAGAAAAGCCCUCAGAGGAGAACCGGGGACACCACAUAGUUUGAUAUCACAGAGGAACGCUGACAAUCAGACUGAGCGAGAAAUACAGCAAGGAAGGAGUAUACAGCGGAGGACGUGGACACAGGUGAAGUGGGUGGAGUCAGUAAAAGGUGUAGAUGAACUGAGAGCAGCAAAUUGAUCCCCUGAGUCUGACGGAGACAAAAACAAAGGGAUGAGAUCCUGAGCAGCUGCAGAAACCCAGCUAUGUGUGGACAGUGUCUGAUCAUAUAAAGGAGGGGAGGAUGAGUCUGCAGUAACAGGACCCACUGUGCUUCAUUUUCUGGGAGGAUUCAUUAAAGGAUUUCAGCAUGUCAGCCUGCAGAGACGGAGACACCAUCUGUAAUAUUCGUGUCUACGAGCAGGAAGUGAUUGUGGUGCCCAUCCUGCUGAUUGCCAGCUUCUUGGUCACUUUGGUCUUCAUCUUGCUGCUGCGUUACUGCCCAGAGAAGGUCGACCGAAUCAGGUCAAGGUCCUUCAAGACAAAGUCCAGGAGAGUGCUGCAGGGCGUUGAUGCUCCACCUGAGCUCAACGUCUUAGAACAUGAAAGCAUCGACCUGGACGUGCACGGCUCCUACUCCACCUUCAACCCCCCCAACAGUUUCAUCACCAAAACUCUCGCCCGGCCUGUGAUCUCUCCUGAACUCCCACCCAGCCCCCCGCCGGAGCCCUACAAGCCCAGUUUCACUCCCAUUGUCCAGCCCCGAGAGCUGCCCCGCCAGAGGUUACCAGAGUCUUUCAACCUGGUCACGCCUCUUCAGGGCACCUUCUCCCUGCAGUCCGAAACCAGCGUGUCCCUCUACAGGGCCCGAAUGGAAAACAGGAAUGUGGUCCUGCGGGUGCUGAGCGACUCGGCCGAUGCAACCCAGAGGCACAGCUUCCUGGGCUUUGCAUCCUUCCUGGCACAGCUGGGUCCACAUCCGUUCAUCCCGGAGCUGCUCGGCGUCGUCUCCCUUCGAGCUCCUCUGGUCACAGUUGUGGAGGAGAUGGAAAACAGAGACCUUCUCAGCUUCUUGUGGAGAUGCAGAGAGGAACGAGUGGAUCCUCCAUGUGAAAUGACUGAGAGAAGAAUAUUUACAAUGGCCAAACAAGUGGCCUCUGCACUGGAGUUCCUUCACGGCAAAGAUCUGAUCCAUGGAAACAUCCGGGCCCGCAGCGUGCUCGUCAGCAGGGAGUACACCGCUAAACUGUGGGGCCUGUUCGGGGUUCACACACGGAAGAACAAGGGGCUCACUCAGAGGGACGACCCCAGCAUGAAGAAGUGGCAGGCUCCCGAGCUGUUGGUCAAAAAGCCUGCCAACCCGAGCAGUGACGUCUGGUCAUUUGGAAUCUUAUUAUAUGAAAUGGUGACUUUGGGUGAAGCGCCGUUUGCAGAAAUCCCAGUUAGUGAGCUGCUGCAGUUUCAUCAAAGAGGAAAAACUCUUAAGAAACCCCCCAACUGCUCCAAUUCCCUACAUGCUCUGAUUAAAGCCUGCUGUCAGUGGAAAGAUCAAGAACGACCCCCCCUGGCCGAAGUGAGUCGAAAGCUUUCAGCAGGGGAAAAGAGCGCCUCCGAUAAAAUUCUCAAGACGCCAAAGGUGGUUAACAUAGAGGAGUACCUGCAGGAGGCCGGCUAUGGAGAGUCCAACAGUUACACUGUUUUUUGAACCUCGCCAAACACGACGAAAACGAGUCAAAUGUGCACUUUAAACGGGAGAGUUUCACACCAAAGUGUUUCAAAACAUUCAGGAGCACUUUUGGCAUCGAAAGGAUUAAAUGCUUUUUUUUUCUUAAUAGAAAAACCAGUAAACACAUUUUUUACCAUAAGAAAACAGCAAUCUAGCUGUUAAUUAAUCAGUUUUGAGGGUCAAAACUGAGCAAUUUUAUUUAAAAAAAUAAUAAAAAAUAAACCUGCAGUAAAAACAUGUCAAAUUAAGGGUUUGGGAUUAUAGUUUUACACUGUAUAUUUAUACCUGGUAUCAUUGCAAAAGUGAAGGAACUAACUUAUUACCAUCCUGGGCAUUACACUUUAUGUAUUACUUGUUUGGCUGAGUGGCAAGUGAGGAAACUUGCUGGUUUGUUUACAAAAUAAAAGCUCCACACAGUUGCAGUGAGACUUGUUCAUUGAUAGUACUGCAUACAAAAGUGUUUUCUUUCCCUUUUGAAGAAAGCAAAUCCUUUCAAACAGCCGUUUUCAAGUAAUUCAGUCGAUUAAAACAAAAUAAAAAAAUACAACUACAUUGUUUUCAUGACAAAAUAAAUGGGAUUAUCCUAAAAAAAUGUGAAUAACUGCUAACUAAGCAUAAUGUCAGGCUUUCUGAGUGUCUUAAUGAGCUUAGAGCCUGGGUACAAAAAGUACAUGCACAAAAUACUACAAAAAUAAAUGUAACAGAAUGGUGGAAAUGAUUUUAAAUCAAGUAGCAAAAGUAAACAAGUUUAAGCUCUUUUUGAAAUACACUGAUGGGUGAAUUUCUUUGAGCAGGAAGACAGAAUGAUAUGGAGCAGUUUGUCGAGAGUAAAACAAAAAAA